AUGUCAGGCACUGGUGUGAGUCCACCACGUGGAUUCCAUUCCUGGUUGGCAGCCAAUGGCCUUACCGUAACGGCAAAACCAGUCGAGAAUCAGUCUACUCAUGGACGAAACCAAAACCCCUUGAUUGGACAACUCCAAGCAGUGACCUCUAAGUCUGCCUCUUCGACUCAGGCUACACGCACCAAACCAAAGAACAAGACCGUGGGUUUUUGUGACCUGUCCAACGUCGAUGACGACGACCCGGUACUCGUGCAAAAGAACUCUAGCACUUCGGAGAAGGAGAAGGACAAGGUCGAAUGCGGAGAAGAAGGCAUAGACACAAACGGUUUAGUAGCUCUAUCGAAGUAUUUCGAAGAUAAGAUGGUAGCCCUAAAGGGGUACUUACCUUUGACGAUCUUCAACCCCCAAUGGCUCAAACAAGAUCUCUUGCAACAGUCUGGCCGCACUCGCACCACGAAAGAGAAGCUUGAGGAGUCCUAUGUCGGAAUGAAAGUCCCUGUUGAAUGGAAAAUGUCAUUCGGAGAAUGGGUGGUCGCAUUUGAUCUGUUUGUGGCUUACCUGAGAUACUACAAGCACGAUGACGUGGCGAACCGGUUCGUCAUACACAAGGAGAAUGUGAUGAAUAUUAAGAAGGAGAACUUCAAUUGGCCCAUGGCUUUCCGCUACGACAUAGCAAUCAGGACCACUGUUCUAACUGUCCGAAACGCGAACGGGAAGCUGGCAAAUCCGGCAGUACGUGACGAGAAGAUUGAACGUAACGCCUUUAGAGACACAGAACGUUACAACGAUUUCCUACCGGCAUACGCAGACCUAAACCCGUAUAGCAAUAAUGGUCCAAAAGCUUACUUCAAUCCGAUAACUGGAGAGGACCUUAGGUCUACUUUCAAUGGACAAACCGGAAGUAACGUUCACCACUCGAAUCCUUUCUUACCCAACAACAACACCCCCUUUCCCAACGCCCCGAGCCGUCCUAAUGCAAGGUCCUGGGCUUACGCGAAUCAACCAGUCUACGACGGGCCAGGAGGUGUAUCGUAUGGAGGGUGGGAUGAUCGAAGAGGAUCUGGUAGAAACGUGCGGGGUAGAGGUAGAAGCAGUGGGUACACUGGAGGGGGCCAGCACGGGAAAGACCACAGCCCCCCCCAUUGUCGUUUCCACGAUUCGUCGAGGAGAGGUGAAGGAAGUGGAGGCUGGCGUCGAGAGGAACGGAGAGAUGACCGUCGUAAUGAUGAACAAGACUACAACAGUCACGGAAAGUUUAGAGGAAACCAGAAGGCGAAGUAA